AGCCACUGAAACUCGGGUAAAAAUCCAACCUCACUCGCUCAGGUUCACACGCGCCACUGGCGUGUCCGCAUUCGCCGUGUCACGUUUCUCCCUCUCCCGUCGCCGGAGUCCCCCGUCCGUUACAGCCCGCGGCGUUGGCAGUAUAUGUAGGAGUAGGACGGGACAGUGGACACCGGGGAGGGAGAGAAAGACGGCAUGGGGGGAGGUCCGUCGAUGUCGCUGCUGUGCUACUACUGCCUGGUGUUCGCCGCCGGCCUGGUGUCGGCGUCGGCGGCGACUGGAACGAGCGUGCCGCCGCCGCUGCCGGUGCUGCCCAUCCCGACGGCGGCGCAGCUGGCGUGGCAGCGGCGCGAGGUCAUCAUGUUCUUCCACUUCGGGAUGAACACCUUCACGGACGUGGAGCGGGGCACGGGGGCCGAGGACCCGGCCCUCUUCGCCCCGGCCGCGCUCAACGCCAACCAGUGGAUGGACGCGGCGGCGGCCGCCGGCGCCUCGCUCGCCAUCCUCGUCGCCAAGCACCACGACGGCUUCUGCCUCUGGCCGUCCGCCUACACCGCCCACUCCGUGCGCGCCAGCCCCUGGCACGCCGGCAACGGCGACGUCGUCGGUGAGUUCACGGCCGCGGCCCGCGCACGGGGCGUCGACGCCGGCCUCUACCUCUCGCCGUGGGACCUCCACGACCGCCGCUACGGCCAAGAGGUCGCGUACAACGAGUACUACAUGGCCCAGCUCCACGAGCUCCUCACCCGGUACGGGAAGGUGUGGGAGAUCUGGUUCGACGGCAACAAGGGGACGAACGCGACCAAGAUGACGUACCAUUUCCAGGAGUGGUUCGACACCGUGAGGCAGCUGCAGGGCUCCAUCAACAUCUUCUCCGACGCCGGCCCCGACAUCCGGUGGGUCGGCGACGAGAACGGCUUCGCCGGCACCACCUGCUGGUCCGCCGUCAACCGAUCCUCCAUAACCAUCGGCAGCGCCGGCAUCGAGAAGUACCUGAACGAGGGCGAUCCGCGGGGCACGGAGUGGGUGCCGCCGGAGUGCGACGUGUCGAUCCGGCCGGGCUGGUUCUGGCACCGGAACGAGACGGCCAAGCCGCUGAGCCAGCUGCUCAACAUCUACUACAACUCGGUGGGCCGCAACUGCGUGCUGCUGCUGAACGCGCCGCCCAACGCCACGGGCCUCAUCGACGGCGCCGACAUGGCCAGGCUGCGCGAGUUCGGCGCCGCCGUGAGGCGCAUCUUCGGCACGGACCUGGCCGAGGGCAGCAGGGCGCGGGCCAGCAGCGAGCGCGGCGGCGGAUUCGAGGCGGGGAAGGUGCUGGACGGGCGCGAGGAGACGUACUGGGCGCCGACGGCGGAGGACGGGUGGCGGAACGGGUACUGGAUCGAGCUGCGGCGGCCGGCGGGGGCGCGGGCGUUCAACGUGGUGCGGGUGCAGGAGCACGUGGCGCUGGGGCAGCGGGUGGAGCGGCACGAGGUGUACGUGGACGGCGUGGCCGUGGCCCGCGGCACCACGGUGGGCCACAAGCGGCUGCACCGGCUGGCCUGCCCCGUCGCCGGGCGGACGGUGAGGAUAUGGUUCGCGGCGCGGCGCGGGCCGCCGCUGGUGUCGGCGGUGGGCCUCCACCUCGACCCCUACGCAACCGACGUCAUGUGACGGGCCGUCCCGCGCGUGCGCCAAAUAAUUUGUUGUUGCGUCAUGUGUCAGUUCGGCGAACCAUCGAUACGAUAUUAGUGACACAAAGCAACUUUUUUCUUGGAAGCACCUAGGUCAGGUACCUCAAAA